AUGUCCAUAGCGCUCGAGCUGGGACUUCAUCGACAUAAUCCAUCGUGGAGCUUCAGCCCAGAAGAAAUUGAGAUUAGAUCUCGCACAUGGUGGACUGUUUACAGCUUGGAGAGCAGAUUCAUAGCUCUCAACACGGGCAGAGUUCUAUCAGUACGCGAUCAGGCAAUCGAUACAGCAAUUCCUUCGCUCAGUAGUGUUGAUCAACUUACCGACCACGAGGCAAAAACUGCAACUCUAUUCCAUACCAGAUCGGUGUGGCUCUUUGUCCGUAUGAUCGACCUUCGGAAGAUUGCAGGUCGCAUUUUGGAGUCCAUUUACAUCGCCCGAGAUCGAGAUGGGCGAUGUUCAUCACUCACUUUCCAGGAGGUUUGCUCUAUCUCAGACGAUCUACACCGUCAAAUGGACCACUGGAAAAUCCAACUUGAUGCUGCAGAUAUUGGGUCACUACGGGCGGGCAAACUGAUGAGGAUUGAAUACUGCACGAUGCUGAUGCACUUAAAUCGUCCCUCGCCGGCAUUUAUGGUUCCCUCUCAAAAUAUGGUUGCAGUCUGCUCUCAUGCAUCAUCCAGUGCUCUCCAUCAAUGGGCAGCGAUGGCAUCUGAGUCUGGGAUCGAUUCUAUCUGUAGAUGCUAUCGUCACUUACAUGAUAUUCUCAUGGCGGGCUUGGUUCGUCUGUACAGUGACUGGCACAUUCAAAGAUUUGCUCCGACAUCCAGAUCAAUUAUCCGACCCGAAGAUGCUGCAAUUUGUCUAGACUUGCUUAGCAAGGGAACCGCCAAUCUUCACGACCACUCUCUCUCUAGAUUCCAGCUCAUGUUCUCUAACCUACGAGAGAAAGUCUAUGCUUCCAAAUAUGGCUUUGACGGUGUAAACCAGGGUAUUUCCUUUUCCCAAACUACAGAAAUGCCAACAUUCGCCGGUCCACCAGAUAUAAUGGGGGGCGGGGGAGACACCGAAUAUGUCCCUAAUACUGAUAUGGAUAUCAUGGCAUUAAAUUCAGAGGGCCUAGAGGGUUAUUUGAGCCAAAUGUCGACCAUUUUUGGCAACGAGAUGCUUGAUAUCGAUGACACGCUGACAGCAUGGUAUGGAUCUGUUCUAAACGACAUUGGUGAUACUGAAAACAUGCGAACGGGGUGA